CCGCCUCUGGUGUUGAGCAAGGCUCCGAGGAGGAGAGCUACAGAACCCGAGACAGCAAGCAGCAAGGCAGGCUCUGAACCACUGACCAAACCACAGAUGACACCCUUCCCCACCAGACUCUGUGAGUGGGGGAGGGGGUGGUCCGGGACCUCGGGGAGGGGUGGCCUUAUCGUUACAACCCAGGAAGGGAGGGCGUGUGAGAAUCCGUUGCCAGGAACUGAAGCGGGUGAAACAGAGCCGGUCUGGUCUUAAGGAGCCCAGGCCCCCAGCACCCCAGCAUCACCCCCGACUCCCGACUUGCUUCAGCUGCUUGCUGGCUUCCUCGUGUUUUUUGGGCGGGGGCGGGGGGACCUCAGAGGACCCAGGAGUCUGGAUCCAUAGCCUCUUCUCUCACAGAGACCCAAGGAACCCAGCGCUCACCCCCUUCCCCCAUGGAGCCCUUUCGGACCCUGGCCCUGCUGGCCGACACCCUGGCCCUGGUCUUUGCCCUGGUUGCUCUGAGCACGGAUUACUGGUUCGAGGCCGUCGGGCCCGGCUUUUCGGCUCACGCGGGCAUCUGGCCGAAGGGGACGGGCCCCCAGAGGUCUCCUCUCUGAGCAGGCUUCAUCCGUGUGACCGAGGCCUUCAGCAUCCUAGCCGCCCUGAGCGGCCUGGUGUCCAUGGUCCUCCUGGGCCUGUCCUACGUCUCCUCGCUGUCUGCCCGGAUGCACAGCCCCCGGGUGUCUUCCUCGUCGUCUCUCGCCUCAGCCUUGUUCAUGCUGGUGGCCAUGUCUGUCUACAACGGUCAUCAGUGGAGCCGCCAACACCCCCAGAUCCAGUUCUUCUUCUCCUGGUCCUUCUACCUGGGCUGGGUUUCGUUUCCUCUCUGGAUCAUUGCAGGGAGCCUGGGUCAGACCGCUCACUCCUGCGCCCCUCAGCCGGGCUAUGACCAAGUGUGAGCCCCACAUGGGAGCGGGGG